GUUGGCUGUCAAAUGUCAAACGUAACCAAAAUAAAACAAUAGAACAGCUGAUGGGCCCAAAACUGGCGAAUUAUUGAACAUUUCUUUGUGAUUUCAAACUGUUUUGUGAUAGUGAAUGCUAGUGAUACCUCUAAUAACCAUAAGAACUCGUUUGUUACUUACUAAUUGUGCAAUAGUUUUUUUAUUGUUAGAAAAAAACCUUUUUGUUAUCCGUGCACGUGUAACUAACUCGCAGUUUAUGUUUUCUGGCUGUUUUCUCAAAGAUUUGGUACAAAAACGAACGUUAUUUAAACUAAUAUUUAAUUUUGAUAAAUAAUCGUCAGCUUUGGUUAGGUUGACACUUCCAGUCACUAAUUAUUUAAUUGUUGAUAACAACCACGUCCAUAGAAAUGUUUUGUUAAGUGAAAACUCAAAAGCAAGACUUGUUUAGAUCACCCCAGUACAGAAAAAUGGACACUGAUCGUAAAAUUAUUAGUCUGCGUUUUAAUCAAGAUCAAGGGUGCUUCUCUUGUUGUAUGGAGAGUGGUGUAAGGAUCUACAAUGUUGAGCCAUUGGUAGAAAAGUGCCACUAUGACAUCGAAACUGUGGGAAGUGUGGCCAAGUGUGAAAUGCUAUACCGCACUAAUUUAAUCGCGUUAGUAUCAGGGGGCACCCGGCCGAUGUUUUCCGACAACAUUUUACUAAUAUUUGAUGAUCUAGUAAAGAAGUUUAUUCUAGAAAUAACGUUUCCGUCGUCAAUACAGGCAGUGCGGAUGAGAAAGGACAAAAUUAUCGUCGCUUUAUUGACUAGCAUACACGUCUUUUCAUUCCCAGCCCCAACACAGAGACUUUUUUCACUAGAAACAAUCAGAAACCCUAGAGGUCUUUUAGAAUUGAGCCCUUUGGCUGCAGGAGAAAAGCAAAUAAUUAUUUUCCCUGGCCACAAAGUGGGGAGUGUGCAGAUAUUGGACUUAGCUUGCACAGAAAUGGGAAUGUCCAGCGCUCCUGUAUGGAUCAGCGCCCACAAAGGAGAAUUAGCGUGUUUAACUUUCAACCAACAAGCAACAAAAAUCGCGACGGCUUCAGUCCAGGGUACUUUGAUAAGAGUGUGGGACCUAGCAACCAAAACACAAUUAGUUGAAUUGCGAAGAGGAAGCGACCCAGCCACUAUUUAUUGCUUAAACUUCAGCAGCAAUUCUGAGUACUUAUGUUGCUCGAGUGACAAAGGGACUGUGCACAUUUUUGCAGUCAAAGACUUGUGGAAAAACAAGCGGAUGUUAAUACCCAACACUAAUAUUUUUGGAAAGUACGCCAAUUCCCAAUGGGCUCUGGCCAAUUUCACCGUUCCGCAAGAGUGUGCGUGCAUAUGUGCCUUCACAGAAAACAAUUCCGUGAUUGUUGGUAAGACUCAAAAAGAGAUCUCUGCAAAACGUAACUUUUUUGUGAUAGCUGCUUGUUUGGAUGGCACUUUCCAUAAGUACGUUUUUAACCAAGACGGCAAUUGUAACAGAGAUGGGUUUGACGUCUUUUUGGACGUGUAUGAUGAUGAUGAGAAUUUGUUAUAGAUUUAGUUGGGAUGUGAUCAACUUAGGAUUUUUUUGGUGUCUAUUUUCACAAUUUUCUACAACUGCAUUACUAAAAUCAACUAUAUUUUAACUUUGCCAUGAAUAUGUACAAUAAAGCGAUUACUUAACCGAG